UGCAAAAGAGACUGUAAUUAAAUUGUAACUUCACGUUCGAAUCUUUCGAUCAGGCACUCGUACGCGCGAUGGCAAGACAAACUACGAUAACAGUAUUCUAAACGUUACUUUGCAGUAUCGUUAGUACAAAUUUAACAGCGUUUUGCUACGUUCGUUUGUUUGAAAGUGUCCGGAACUAUUAUAAACAACGUAAUUGGUCGUAAUUCGUCCAGUGGUCGCUUGAGAAAGUCGUGUGUAUUGGAUUAACAGUAUUGGAUAACAGUAAUGUCGAAUUUUGUGGAGUUAUUGAUAACGGAAGUGGAAAGACGGCCCAUUUUAUGGAAUAGAUAUUUGAAAGAUUAUAAAAAUCGUGUUUUAGUUGAGAAGGAAUGGGAGAACGUUGCGCUGGUAUUACAAAAAGAGAAGUACAAGGUGAAACAAAAGUGGAAGAAUCUUCGAGAUCAGUUCCAACGGGAGUGUAAGAAAAUAAGAAGUCUUCGGUCCGGCGCUCCUGGUAGUCUGUCGGCUGAAACGUACAACGUGAAGUGGGCGCACUUUGAACAAAUGAAAUUUUAUUUAAAGAUCAUGACGACGCCGUUCCCGACGGAAAUGAGUUUUCACGUAGACCAAAUAAAAGAGGAGCAAAUAGACAUCUCGGAAGAUACACCGUCGCAAGACUCGAAUACUGUACUAGAAGAAGACACGCCUCCCGCGUCGAUUACUCCUUCGUGCGCCGAAAAAGGAUUCGAAAGUAUGACAGGAUCGCCUCUCUCGGAAUUCGAGAAACAAUUUAUCGAGCUAGAAAACAGAAAAAUGCGGUUCCUGAUGGAUAAUUCGACGGCAUCAACGUCGCAGGAAAAUUCGCAGGACGACGAAGACAUGUUAUUUGUUAAAUCGUUGGUUCCAUUUUUCAAAAAUCUGCCCCCGUUGAAAAAGCUUAUUGUACGAAAUAAAAUUCAAGAAGUACUAAUCGCAGAGAUGCGAAACGAAGAAAACGACAAAUUAAAUAACUUUACAUAAACAUACGGAAUUAUUGUUCCUUUGAUUCUC